GAUGCUCCCACUGAUGCCCCAACUGAUGCCCCAACUGAUGCCCCCACUGACGCCCCCACUGACACCCCCACUGAUGCCCCCACUGAUGCCCCCACUGAUGCCCCCACUGAUGCUCCCACUGCUGCUCCCACUGAUGCCCCCACUGCUGCUCCCACUGAUGCCCCCACUGAUGCCCCAACUGAUGCCCCCACUGAUGCCCCAACUGAUGCCCCCACUGCUGCUCCCACUGAUGCCCCAACUGAUGCCCCCACUGCUGCUCCCAGUGCUGCCCCAACUGAUGCCCCCACUGAUGCCCCCACUGAUGCCCCAACUGAUGCCCCAACUGCUGCUCCCACUGCUGCUCCCACUGAUGCCCCCACUGCUGCUCCCACUGACGCCCCAACUGAUGCCCCAACUGAUGCCCCCACUGAUGCCCCCACUGCUGCUCCCACCGAUGCCCCAACUGAUGCCCCAACUGCUGCCCCAACUGCUGCCCCCACUGAUGCCCCCACUGCUGCACCCACCGAUGCCCCAACUGAUGCCCCAACUGAUGCUCCCACUGAUGCCCCAACUGCUGCUCCCACUGAUGCCCCAACUGAUGCCCCAACUGAUGCCCCAACUGAUGCCCCAACUGCUGCUCCCACUGAUGCCCCCACUGAUGCCCCAACUGAUGCCCCCACUGAUGCCCCAACUGAUGCCCCCACUGAUGCCCCCACUGCUGCUCCCACUGAUGCCCCAACUGAUGCCCCCACUGCUGCUCCCAGUGCUGCCCCAACUGAUGCCCCAACUGAUGCCCCAACUGCUGCUCCCACUGCUGCUCCCACUGAUGCCCCCACUGCUGCUCCCACUGAUGCCCCCACUGAUGCCCCAACUGAUGCCCCCACUGAUGCCCCAACUGAUGCCCCCACUGCUGCUCCCACUGAUGCCCCAACUGAUGCUCCCACUGAUGCCCCAACUGCUGCCCCAACUGAUGCCCCAACUGAUGCUCCCACUGAUGCUCCCACUGAUGCCCCCACUGCUGCUCCCACUGAUGCCCCCACUGAUGCCCCAACUGAUGCCCCCACUGAUGCCCCAACUGAUGCCCCCACUGCUGCUCCCACUGAUGCCCCAACUGAUGCCCCCACUGCUGCUCCCAGUGCUGCCCCAACUGAUGCCCCCACUGAUGCCCCCACCGAUGCCCCAACUGCUGCCGCAACUGAUGCCCCAACUGAUGCCCCUACUGAUGCCCCAACUGAUGCCCCAACUGAUGCCCCUACUGAUGCCCCUACUGAUGCCCCAACUGAUGCUCCCACUGAUGCCCCAACUGCUGCCCCAACUGAUGCCCCAACUGAUGCUCCAACUGAUGCCCCUACUGAUGCCCCAACUGAUGCUCCCACUGAUGCCCCAACUGCUGCCCCAACUGAUGCCCCAACUGAUGCUCCAACUGAUGCCCCUACUGAUGCCCCUACUGAUGCUCCCACUGAUGCCCCUACUGAUGCCCCAACUGAUGCUCCCACUGAUGCCCCAACUGAUGCCCCAACUGAUGCCCCUACUGAUGCCCCUACUGAUGCCCCAACUGAUGCUCCCACUGAUGCCCCUACUGAUGCCCCUACUGAUGCCCCAACUGAUGCUCCCACUGAUGCCCCAACUGAUGCCCCAACUGAUGCCCCUACUGAUGCCCCUACUGAUGCCCCAACUGAUGCUCCCACUGAUGCCCCAACUGAUGCCCCAACUGAUGCCCCUACUGAUGCCCCAACUGAUGCCCCAACUGAUGCCCCUACUGAUGCCCCUACUGAUGCCCCAACUGAUGCUCCCACUGAUGCCCCAACUGACACCCCAACUGAUGCCCCAACUGAUGCCCCAACUGAUGCCCCAACUGCUGCUCCCACUAAUGCCCCAACUGCUGCCGCAACUGAUGCCCCAACUGAUGCCCCUACUGAUGCCCCAACUGAUGCCCCAACUGAUGCCCCUACUGCUGCCCCUACUGAUGCCCCAACUGAUGCUCCCACUGAUGCCCCAACUGCUGCCCCAACUGAUGCCCCAACUGAUGCUCCCACUGAUGCCCCCACUGAUUCCCCAACUGAUGCCCCCACUGACGCCCCCACUGACACCCCCACUGAUGCCCCCACUGAUGCCCCCACUGAUGCCCCCACUGAUGCCCCCACUGAUGCCCCCACUGAUGUCCCCACUAAUGCCCCCACUGCUGCUCAGACUGACUACAUGGUGUGCACUGUUACUGGCUCCUCUGUCAUUGGUGUGUGGGACAGAGUGCACUCGGUGUUGGACCGCUGCGCCUACACUCUGAUGAAGUCUGAAGGAAGCUCAGAUUUCCACCUCGUGGCUGGGUUUGGGGAAAGACGGCGUACAGAUGUUGAUGAGCAGACUCUGACGCUCAGCAGCGUCGCUCAGCAGCAUAACGGCGUGCAGCUCUCCAUGAAGCAGAAUACAACUACUGUUGAGUUACCGUCUUACAAUAUGACCAUCUUUUUCGAUGGCAACACUGCACAUGUGGCAGGACAAAUAGAAGCUAUGCAGGGUUUGUGUGGCAGCCCAUCGGACUCCAGCAAGAACACCACCCUAACUGCAGAGAUGUCCUCUUCCUACAGCCCCCCUGGCUGUGAGACUCAGCACCAGGGCACGGUCGACAACUCGAUCAACUGCACCAUCGCCACUGACCACUGUAAUCUCAUGAGGCAGCCUCCCUUCUCCGCCUGUCACAGCCACACUGACCCAGAGCCGUACAUCAGCGCCUGCACACACACUCUGUGCAGAUACCCGUCAGUGGACGGUGUCGACUGCCAGUUCUUGGAGGCUUACGCCCAGUCCUGCAGCCUGAUAGCCAAUGUCACCCUGGAGGACUGGAGGUCAACGACCAGCUGCUCUGAUGUCCCUCUCUGUCAGCAGCCCUGCAGUGCUCAUGAGUUCUGUGGGGAGAAGCAUUGGCGUGGACGCUGCCUCUGUCGGGCUGUGUUCGCCUCCAAGUACAAGCCAACAAACUCUUUAGGCGAGCCGGCGAUCUGCAGGCAGAACUCGGCCUCUGUGACUCUAGCUGGAUGUCUGCUGGAGGACAAAGGCAUCGACUACUCUGUUUUACACCUCAACGACCCGAGCUGCAAGGGCCAGAUGGACUACCAGAGCCACAUGGUGACCUUCAGCUUCAACAGCAGCAACCUCUGUGGGACGGAGGUCGAGAAAAACAGCAGCCUGGUCCUCUACAAGAACACCAUCAUGACGAGGAACAUGUCCCAGCACAGCGUCAUCACCCGCCACGAUCAGGUCCAGAUCGACUUCUCCUGCCUGUACACAGAGCCAGAUGUCAAGAGUUUCUCCUUCAGGAUCAGAGACAGCUCUGUGCUGCAGAACAUGGUGUCUGGAGUGUGGAACUACACCGUGCAGAUGACCGCCUACGCAGACCCCACCCUCACGUAUGUUGUCCAUCCAGACACGGAGAUCCGGCUGAACCAGAGGGUCUGGUUACAGCUGAAGACGAGGGGGCUGGACGCCAACAAGGUCUCCAUCGUGACCGACUCCUGCUGGGCGACCAGCCAGUUAUCUCCCAAUGAUAGUCAGCGAUACGAGCUCAUCGUCAACGGAUGCCCGAAUGCUAACGACAAGACUGUGAAAUUGAGCGGAAACGGAGAGGGAACAUCCAACGUUUUCUCUUUUAACAUGUUCGAGUUCACAGGGGGAAAAAGAGAGAUUUUCCUGCACUGCAAACUGGAGCUGUGCGUCAAGAUGGGAAACUCCUGCGCUCCGACCUGCGGCAGAAACUCUUCCGCUCGCAGGAGGCGCAGAGCCUCUAAAUAUGUGGAUUCAAACCCAGCCUUCCUCUCUAUGUCCUGGUCUAACGAAAGACCAAUUUCGUCCCGAUAAGGAGCCGAAGACCUGACUGGAACAAAGAGAUGGCUGCUGCCAGAUAAUGUUCACCGGAGAUAACAUAUAGUCGCCUCUGAUUUAAAACAGAUGAAUCAUGAAUGUAACUAAAACAUUUAAAAUCUUGUGUUUUGUGCAAUGAAGAUAAUGUCCCUCAAUAUACUAUCUCUUAUAUAUAAUAUAUAUAUAUAUAUAUAAUAUAUAUAUAUAUAUAAUAUAUAUAUAUAUAAUAUAUAUAUAUAUAUAUAUUAUAUAUAUAUAUAUAUUAUAAUAUCUCUUUUAAAGUUAUAACUACCUACUUUAGUCUAAAUGUGACAACAGAAUGUUUGUGUUUUACUGACGUUAGGUCUUCAGCAGGAAGGAUAUCUCGAAGUCAAUGUGAACCUUAAAAUGUGCAUUAUGAGCGGGCAAAAGUCAAUACUAAUGAAGAAAUAAAUAAAACUGU